AUGACCAAGCCCGUGACCAAGGUCGCAAUCAUCACCGGCGGGACCAACGGCAUCGGUCUUGCCGUCGCCAGAGCCUUGUCUCAACGCCUUGACUGGCAAAUAAACAUACUCGGAACAAACGAAGAACGAGGUCGCCAAGCAGUCGCAGAGCAUUCCAACAUGACAUUCUACAGGGUAGACGUAGCGCAGUAUGGCGAUCUUGCAAAUGCGUUCGACACAGUCUACAACAAGCAUGGCCGUCUGGAUUUUGUUUUUGCCAACGCAGGCAUCUCUGGGGGGUUGGACUUCUAUACCAGACAUCCUGCGGGGGAAAUCCCCCCCGAGCCGAGUGUGAAAACAGCGGAGAUCAAUUUCAACGGCGUUAUAUACACCAGCCACUUAGCUCUCCAUUAUUUCCGCCAGUCGCCAGGAGGUGGAAAGGGGGCCAGCUUGCUCCUCACAGGCAGUUCCGGUUCAUUCUAUCCUUCCGGUAUUACGCCGAUAUACGCGGCAACCAAGCAUGGUGUCCUUGGCUUCAUGCGCUCCAUUGCCCCAUUCUUUGUGCUGGACGGUAUUCGUGUUAACGCGCUCUGUCCGGGGACAGUCCGUACUGGCAUCAUGGACGACGAAGCUUGGAAGCUGUUUCCUGAUGAACUCAUCAUACCAAUGGAAGUAGUGCUCGAUGCCACUCUCCAGAUGGUAGAUGGCGAGGACAUGGUCGAUUGCACGGGGAUCAAGAUCCCUGCAUCUGAAUUAUACGGUCGUGCAGUGGAGGUCUCUGGCGACAAUUUCUACUUCAGAGAGCAACAAGAAUGGUGUGAUGAUAAACAGAAACAGGUGAUGACGAUAACCAUGACAGGCGCUUUGUAGUUUGGAAUGGUUGUCGCCCAUGUAUGUCCCCCAUGCCUUGCUCAGGUGUUUAAGCUGUGAAAUCUUACUUCAUGCCAGG